AUGAAGCUACUCUACCCAACAUCGCUGGUCAUCGAUGUCGACUCUCUGAAGGGAUUCUCGGUCGACUUGCAGCCGUACGACGCCAAAGCUGCCACCAUCCCCUCUCAGCACCACGACGCCGAUAUCCUCGUCACGUGGACCAACACAGCCGACAACCUCAAGUACGCCAAGGCCAACCUCACCAAGCUGCGCUGGAUCCAGUCCCUCGCCGCCGGCCCCAACGACGUUCUCAACGCCGGCUUUGAACCCUCAAAAAUCAUCGUCACCACCGGCUCUGGUCUCCAUGACCACACCGUCGCUGAGCAUGCGCUGGGCUUGCUCCUGACCUCUGCUCGUCGCUUCCACGAGAUGCGCGAUUAUCAGCUCCAGGGAAAAUGGCCCGGCCACCUGGGAGGUGCCCAACCCGACCGUCCCAAGGACCGCUUCACCACCCUACGCGACGCGCGCGUCCUCAUCUGGGGCUUUGGCAACAUUGCCAAGUGCCUCGUGCCCAGUCUCACCACGCUCGGUGCCACCGUCAAGGGCAUUGCUCGCACACCCGGCGUCCGCAACGGCAUUGAGAUCUACAACGAGUCCUCCCUUCCCGAGCUUCUCCCCAACACGGACGCGCUCGUCAUGAUUCUGCCCGGUGAUGCGUCGACCAAGCACGCCCUCAAUGCCGAACGUCUCAAGCUGCUCCCCAAACACGCCUGGAUCGUCAAUGUCGGCCGCGGCACGUCUAUUGACGAGGAUGCCCUGGCGGCUGCGCUCGACAAGGAGGAGAUUGGUGGCGCGGCGCUGGACGUCUUCGAGGUCGAGCCUCUGCCCGAGGGCCACAAGCUGUGGAAGACAAAGAACACGUUCGUGUCGCCCCAUGCGGCGGGUGGACGACCGCAGGAGGCGGAGGCUUUGAUUGCGUACAACUUGCGGAGAUUCAUUGCGGGUCAGGAUCUGAGGAAUGUGAUAUGA